AUGUACACAGUCCACUGCAAAGACCACAGGCAUACCUGUGAUCUUGAUCUGCCUGAACAUCACAACUACCAUGUCCACCUGGUUGCCAUACUCCAAAUAUGUGGUUAUAGACUGUUAUCCACUUGUCUGGCCUUCCCACUGGUGGCUGACAUGGGCACUGGACGGGGGGCGGUAGGUAACUGCUUCCUGACCAUAUGCGGCUUCUGUUUCGCUGUGACUCUCAUCAUCCUCGUACUCCAGAUUUUUCUGUUCCAGCACCUUUUUCCUUAAUUCUGGUGCAAAUUUUCCGUCACCUACAUCUGUUAUGCUGCUCUCCUCUGUCUCUCUGCCUCCUUCACCUACAUCCAGUUCCUGCCCUCUGGGCCUUACUGGAACUGGGCCAUUGUUGCCACUGUGUUCUCCUGCCUUGUGUUUUAUGCCAUGGAAGUUGGACUGAUCUGGUACUUGUACAAGCUCAAUGAUGUCACCUGCUAUGUGCUCACUGUGCCAGGCCUGCUGAAGGUGCUAGAGACCUUCACGCCCUGUGUCAUCUUCGCCUUCAUCAGCAACAUCUCCCUGUACCAGGAGCAGCUGGCCCUGGGGUGGUGUGUGGCUGUGUAUGCCAUCUGCUUCCUCCUGGCAGCCAUAGUCCUCAUGCUGAACCUGGGGGACUGUGAAUACAGGCUGCCCAUCCUCUUCCCCAUUUUCCAGCUGGGGCUCACCCUGUUCUUCGUCCGCCUCUACGACAGCGCACUGGUCCUCUGGCCUCUCUACCAGUUUGAUGAGAAGGUGGGGGGCCAGCCCCAGCGGUCCAGCGAUGUGACCUGCUCAAUUAUGGGUGACCCCAACUACUACGUGUGCCCCUGGGACCAGCGACUGGCUGUGACCGUCCUGACUGCCAUCAACUUGCUCCUUUACGUGGCUGACCUGGUGUUCUGGUCCUGUCGGGUUUCUGUGGGGACUGAGGAUCCUCCCAGGGGCUCCUGAGUCACUCUUCUCACCAGAGGUAUCUUUCUGGAGUCUGAUGCCCCCUGAGGUCCUCUUCCUGGCUCCCCUCGCUGCCUUCUCCCAUCAUUCCCCACUUGUCUCACUCCCUUUUCUGUCUCCUUCCCUCCUCUGCUCUGUCUCCCUUCCUCUUUUCUUUGGUGGCCCACGUCCUGUUCUCCCUCAUCCUCUUGCUGCUCUUACCUUUUCUACAUGUUCUGCUCUGGCUCUUUCUGGUUGUCUGUUCUUUUUAAGUCUCCUGUGCGCUGACAGGAGGCCAAUAGGAUCAAUAGGGGCCAAUAGGAUCAAUAGGGGCCCUGAGAUGUCUUCCAACUCUGCCCCCCUCAUCCCCUAAGGUGCUGAACUCACAUCACACAGGCCUCUGUGCAGCUCUUCCUACCCUGGGCCUUGGGAGGGGCCUCAUGGCCAAAGCCGCCUGUCCCCUGC